UCUUAUGCAGUAAAACAGUUUCAUUUGUGAAAUGAAAAUUGUUUUGGUUUGAUUUUGUUUUUUGUUUUAAUCAAUGGAUUGACCAUUCAUCUUUUUCCUCUCCAUCUUUUAUUUUUUAUUCUUUUCUCCCUUGAUUAAUGUAUUAUCUAGUUCCAAGAUGUUGAAUUUGUGCUUACACAGCUAUUCUUCAUCGUUAAAUUGUAUACAGUGACAUUUGAUUUACAUUCAAUUUCCUCAUUUUCCAUUGAGCCUUUCGAUUAAACUCCUGAUUUAUUUACUCCCAUAAUAUUCAUUGUUUCAUUCUGAUUACCACCCCACUUUUCUGCCUUGAAGAACAAUGAAGAAACAAUUUUUAAACAUUAAAAAUUUUGUCCAAGAUGGUCUCACUGUCGUUAGAGGUGAUAAAAGUGAUGUGAUGACGGUUGAUCUUGUCAACGCUGAGAAAAAAGUUGAUCUCAUGAAGGUUUCAUGUCAAUCAACGGAGAAAAAGAUAGCCGGUUGUCUAAGAGGUUAUGGAUCUGGUACUGAGGUUGAAAAGCGAAGUAAAAAGAUUCCCGAAUUACACUUAUCGCAAUGUCUUUUGGAGCAUGGAGAACAAUUGGGGGCCGAUUCUCUUCUCGGACAAACCCUGAUUGAUUGUGGUGAGCUUCAAAAAAGUAUCGGACGUGAAUUGAUAAAUUACGAAAUGGAGGUAGAAAAAAAUUGUUUAACUGCUUUAAAUUAUUUUAUUGAUAACGACAUUCCAAAUGUGGUGAAAUCGCGUAAGCAACUUAAUAAAGCAACUUCUGAUAUGGAUACCUGCCGUCAAAAGUAUCAACAAGCAAUGAAACAAAGUCAUCAAUCUACAGGGUCAUCUGCAACUGUGGCAGCAGCCAAUAAGUUGGAGACAAUCAAGCAAGAGCUAGAAGAGUCUACGACCAAAGUAGAGCAAGCCAAAGAUGCUUUUGCCAUAGAAGUUUUCAACUUUCUCAGUCGUGAACCAGAUGUAGUUCAAGUUUAUUUAGAAUUUGUUAAAUUUCAAGCUGCAUUCCAUCGUCGGUCUGCAGCGAUUCUCGAAGAGGCCAUUCCUAAGUUGGAACAAAGAAUGGCAAACAACUCACAGAGACCAAUUUUUGGUACUUCUUUGGAAGAACAUCUUCGAAUCACAAAUCGUGAAAUAGCCUUAGUCAUUGAAGCUUGUAUCGGAUGGUUACUUAUGAACAUAAAAGAAGAAGGAAUCUUCAGAGUACCUGGCAGUGUAACUAAAGUCAAAAAACUGAAAAGUUCUCUCAAUGCCGGUGUAAUCGACUUUGAUGAAUAUAUGCGUGACCCACACACUGUCGCUGGAUGUCUUAAAUCAUAUUUGCGAGAGCUUCCUGACCCUCUUUUAACCCACCAGCAUUAUCAAGCCUGGAUAAAUGCUGCCAAAAUUAUUGAUUCAAAUAGUAGACUUCAAGCAUUUUGGCAGAUAUGUAACAGCUUACCCAAAUCUCAUCAUAAUAAUUUGAGAUAUUUAAUCAAAUUUUUGGCUAAACUAUCGUCACAUUCGGAAACAAACAAAAUGACUCCUUCCAACAUUUCCAUUGCGCUAGCACCCAGUCUUAUUUGGAGUCCGCCAGCUGAAGUGGACGAUGCUUUCGGUGCUAACAUGGCAGCAGCCAAUCUUCAUUCCUUAAUUGUUGAAGCCCUUGUCAGCUAUGCUGAUUGGUUUUUCCCUGAAGAAAUUGAAUUCACAUCACCACAAAUAUCAUAUCUUCCGGAGGAAAAGCCUCUAAAUGGUGAAAUCAGUCAAGAGCGGCACCCUACACCGGUUCCACGGGCCAGUGCACCAAGAUCUAACAAGAAGCCAGCUCCACCCGCUCCUUCUAAUCCACCAACAACAUCAUCAUCGUCUUGUGCUCCAUCGUCUAGCGAUAAAAAUCAACAACAACAAUUAAAUCAGCAGAAUGAACGAACAACAAGCUUAUCUAAUAGUCAUUCUCCAGCUAAUUUCAUGAAAAGCCAAGGUUACUCACCGACAACUACUGUAAAACCUGUUGCUCAUAAACUUGAAAAUUUUUCCUCUGAAUCACCUCCUCUCUCAUCUUCAUCUUCAUUUUCGUCUGAUGUUUUGGCUGAUCAGUUAUCUCAUGUAAACACACCACAAGCACAUUCUAAUAGUCUCAUAAAUAGUGAGAGGUUAACAUCAUUUUUAACUGGUUCAUUAGAUCGUAAACAACUUCGUAGCAGUUUAGAUCGUAAAAGUGAACGUAAAGCUAAAGCAACGUCUUUCAUUGGUAAUCCUAGGACACCGAGGUUCAAUGUGAUUGAAAAACCUGCAAUACCUCCGCCUGUAGUGCCUUUAGCACAAUCUAAACAAUCCACCCAUUCCAUUGAGAGACCCAAUUUUCCUCCACCAGAACGACCUAGUCGUGAUCCGAUCAAUCAAUCUUUGAAACAAUCAUUAGAGAAUAUUUUUGACCUAGAAGAGGCACUUGAAUCAUCUACCGAAGAAACCUCAAUCAAAUUGUAUCCAGAUCUCUCACAGUUAGCCUCGGAUGAUGAUCUAACAACAGCCAGAUCUUCAUCAAGUGAUGUGAAUGAAGGCCAAUCAAAAAACAAUAUUACCACCAAAAAUAACAACAAUAACAAUGAAAAUUUCGCCAGCACUAAUCCUGAUAAAGAGAUGAUCUCAUUUGCUGAUGAUUCUGAAGAAGAGUUUCUUUCAAAGUUAGGUAACCGAGAUAGUAGUAGCAGUGAAGAUUAUAACCAGAAACGUUUAGAUAUGCCACCGGAUAAGCCAAAACGAGCUUCACCUCAUAAUUACAUUUUAAAUAACGUCAACAAUCAUCCAGAGUGGGAUAACGGUGAUAGCAGAUGCAAUAGCGGUGAAAGUCAAGCAUCAGUGACUCGGCGACCACCAAGGCCACUUCCGCCUGCUCCUGCUAUUGCUGUCAAGCCAAAGAUUACAACUGCAAGUACAUCAACCUCGGAAAAUACUUACCUGUGAUCUUCAAUUAACUUUUCUGGUUCUUUUUCGCUCUUUUCGUUUUCGGUUUCUUCUUUCAUUUUUAUCUUUUCUUUUUAGCCUCUCACCUCUCUAUCUCUCUAUAUUUUUCGUCCAAAUACUUCACCCACCAUAUUUAUCCAUGUUUUCGGCUCAACAAUCAACAUGACUCUUUAUUGUUAUAACUAUUAUUAUUCAUAUUAUUAUUAAUAUUAAGCUUUUGAGAUAGAGACUUAAAAAGAGAGUGAAAAGAAAGUGAGAAAUGAAAUUACUGUUAAAUUAUUGUUGAUAUUUUCAAGUUUUGUUCUCAAGACAAGUGAAAUCGACUCUAGUCGUUAUUUACUAUGAUUAAAAAAUGAAUGUGAUUAAUCAUACAAUAUUUUUUACUUCUUUUUAAUUAAAAAAAGGUCAUACUUAUCAUC